AUGAAGGUCUCCGCCACCGCCGUCUUCCUCGCGACCGCCCUCGGCGUCGCUGCCCACCCCAGCGGUGCGGCUCACCAGCACAUGCACAAGCGCCUCGAGUUCGUCAAGGCCGGCAAGCCUGUGCCCGCCCCCGUCAAGGCCGUCGUCGAGCCUUCAACUGUCGCUUCCCCUUCUGCUGUGGCCACCCCUAGCCAGGCUGCCCCGUCCAACUCUGGCGGCUCCGGCGCCGGUGUCAAGAGCUACACUCCCUUCUGCGGUGGCAACAAGCGCGCCACUGUUGGUGACAUUGCCUACAAGGGCAACGUUGGCGGCUCCCAGUACGGCUGCAACAUGAUGCUCGCCUCCCUGGACGUCGUAGACAAGUACGACUACCAGGCCAUCUUCGAGGAAACCCAGGGCAAGGACCAGAAAUGCGUUUGCUGGAACAAAUAUGGCCCUACAAACAAGAUUGACGGCUUUUUCUCCGCGAACACUGGAGCUCUCAAAUUUGACCUGCCAGCCAAGAGCAAGCAGGCAGUUGUCUUCGACGGAAACAGCCAGGGCGGCUGCACCUGCCGUGUCGGCGAGAUGACCUAUACGAAGCACUUCAUGUUUGACGGCACCUGGUUCGAGUUUGACUUUGGCAACGAGGCCAACAAGAAGUGGUCUGGCGCCGAUGCCUCCAGUCUCGCUGCCCACGACGAUUUUGGCACCGUCACUGCCAUGACCGUGGAAUGUGGCCUUCGCGACGGCUCCUACAGCGACAAGUCCAUCAUCAACGCGGACGGGUCGGGCACUAACUCUUUCACUGCCGGGAAGAACGCGGAGGACGGCCACGGCUGCAACAUCCCUGCGGGGCCGGCAUACGCCAAGAUUCAGGUCUAA